GGGCAGGACGGCGUGUCCAGUUUCCUGUCGCCCGGAGAUUCCGUGCUGUGGCUGCGGGUGGAGGAAGGUGCCGAGCUGGGGCCUGGUAACGGGGGUGGACACGGGCAGGAGCUGAGGAGCAUUAAAGUCAAUUCAUGGCAGGUUAGCAGUUGAACGAUGGACCCGAGUGUUUGAAUGACUGACCUACUCUUCUGGCUUACAGAUGUUCUAGUUUUUGCAAGCUAACUAGCCAUAAUAUCUGAUUGAAAUUUGUGCUCUGUGUGGCUCAGCUAUUCACAGACUGAACAAGCUCAUGCAGUGACCUCUCACUGUUGUUUUGUGAAAUAGCCUAUCUGUGACUCAAGACGUUGCAGAAAUCAUGUCAUUGACAGCUGGAUUGAAAACUGACUUUGAGAGGCUGCUGUUGCGUUUUCAACAGACUGAAAGUGUGCGCUAUGAGGAAUUCUCUGCAAUCUGGAGGGACAUGAAGUUCUCCACUAUCUUUUAUGGAAAAACGGGUAAAAAUGAUGGCAGAAAAUUUACCAGAGAGGCAUUAACCUUGGCAAGUCAGUACUUCUUCCCCCCAUAUAGUUUUCAGAUCCGGUUUGGGGGCUUAUACCUUCUUUAUGGACUUUACAAUACACAGCUUUGUCAGCCAAAAGAAAAGAUAAGGAUGGCAUUGAAGGAUUGGGAUGAGGUGCUAAGUUGCCAAGAGGAAAUGGUGAAAGCAGAACAUUUUGAUGCUGUUUAUGUUCUGAAAAAACUUCUACAUGACAAAGCCUUCCAUUUCACAGCAAUGCCAAUAUUGCUUGCUUACAAUAAGAAAAGAAAAAUGCCCAAUAAUGCUGUUAAUGAUAACUUCCGAGAGAAGUCUAACCUGGUGUCCGAACUCAUUUCUGUUGAUGUUUUGGAGGAACUUAUGAAUAUUCAUGACCAUUAUCAAACAAUGAAACGUAUGAUCUCAGCAAACAAAACCCAGCUGGACAAAGCAUUAAGUUUAAUUCGAAGUGACUUUGUGUCUGAGUUAAAGAACAUAACAGUAGAGUUCCAGCAGUGGCAAGAGCAAAAGAAUGCAAACUUGACUGACCAAGCAGAAAUCUCUGGCUCUGAUGGUGAUGAAUUUAAAUAUCAAAAGGGGUCCAGUCGUGCACAGACCCUGGCAAAGAUAAAGUCAAAAUCCUACAAUUCCACAGUGAAGGCAUCAAGAUCAAGAAGGCAUAGACAAAUAAAAGUGGAUUCUUCUGAAUCUGGGUCUGACUGGGCACAAGUGAAGAAUUCUUCAAGAAGAAGGAACUCCUCAGUGAAAAAGCAUGACAGAGAUAAAGAUUCUCCACCAACCAAGAGGAGACGGCAGCCGCGUUGAAAUGGAUGUAACAUACCUUGACCUGCUACAAGUAAUCCUGACAGCUCCAGUAAUGUGAUCAAAAGUGAAAACCAAAUGGAUCAAAGCACCAAGCUUGUGAACAGUAGCUACAAUACUGAAUCCGACACAAAAGUGCUAUUUUUACUUUUGGUGAAAAUAGAUGAAUAUCAUUUCCUUGUGAUCUUAUAUACUUGAGAAAUAAGUAGCAAAUUGCAAAAGAACUCUUCUUUUUAUAAGCUCUGUAUAUUUUGUGUUCUGUUCUGUUUAAUACUAAAUGUAGGAAGGUAUGAUUUUGACCUGUGUCUGAUUUCUGAUUGGGUCAGAUUUUCAUCAUUGGGAUGAUGUUUUAGGAAAGUGUUACUGUAGCAUGUUAUUUAUCAAUGCCUACCAGCUGGUUGGCAUGAGGCUUUUAGAAACUCUAUUUUGGAACUGUCUACCUUUUUUUUAGUUUUUGGGAUAUUUCAAUCUCAUGUCUCCAAUACUUGAAAACUAAAACGUAACUUGACUUAACUUUACAUGUUCACUUUGUUAUGGUCUUGUUCGUGUUAAAGUUGUUCCAUCCUGAGCAUACAGUGCUACGGUCAGCUAUAGUACCUUCUCUUCUAUUAAUCUUCAGAACAUCCAGGUGGGCAGGUUUAUUCUGGUACACAAAAUAAUCAGUAUCAGCAGUCAACAUUUUUAAAAUGACAUCCUUCUUUUCUACACUUUUUUUUCAGCCAGUUUACAAUGGAGGAGUCACUGUUGAAUGUGAUGCUGAACAAAUGGUUUUCAAUAGAUUAGUCAAAAUUCAGAUUCAUUUUGCACAGCUGUAUGUACUGAAUCUGUAUUUAUUGCAGCGUAAGCUGGUAACAUUGGAAAUUGUGCACCAUUUCCAUUAUCUCAAUAUUGUCUCAAUUCAAGUGUUAGUGUAUUCCAAUGCACUUUAUUACAUACAGGAAUAUGAUUGUCCUGGCAAAGUGGCUGCUGCCAUAAUGAUGAUGGGGCGUAUAGCUUGCAGGUCCUGCCAUGUUUCCACCAUGUUUCCACCAUUCUACAUCUUCAUCUGGGUUUCAGGUCUAUGGUUGGCAGUGAUACUUAAAAUUUAACUGAAGUAAUCUUUCAUGAGUGCUAUUGAAAAGCAAAUGUCUGCAGAUUAAUUGGGUAAGCUCCUUGCUUAAUUUAGCCUUACUUGAGAUUUUUAUUUGACAUUCAUUUGAUUACUUUCACAAUGUAGUGGGUUGGCUUAUGAUUAGUGCUUCUCCAUAUGCAACAGUUGAGCAUAGAGGGCAAUAUUAACAAGAUGUCUGUCUAACUGACUUGACAGUGAAAUGAAAACUUGAGACUGACCACAAAUCAAACUUGGAGCUUUUUUAAUUUGGAUGUAUUCUGGUCAGUGCAGUUACCCAAUGGCAAAUGUAAAUAAUUCAUUAGAAAUGGUUGUUUCAGUGUAAGCAUGAUGCAAUUGAAGAGUAGUUUGAGAGUAGUUAUUCAAUUAAAACUAUCAGCAGAAUGCACAAGUAACUUUUCUUUCUAAAUAGUUAAUGUCUUAAACUUGUGCUAAGUGGAAUUAUGUUCACAAUUUAGAAAUGGAGGAGCUGGGGAAAAUAGCAUUCCCUCCAACAACCCCCCACCCUUUUUUAAACAUUUCAGAUACUUAGAGGUAAGUCAACAUGUAAACAGAUGCAGUGCUGUGUUUUCAGUAGUGUUUGUAUCAGCAGAGAUUUUCAACUCUGCUGGUUAUUUUUUUCUUAAUCCAAUGUCUUUAAUUAAGAUUGACCAGGGGUGAAGUACUAUGGUCACUAUUAUACUAUGUUCUCAUAUUUAAUGGGAUCACUCUGGAAUUCUGCUGCUACCAGAAAGUAGAGCUGUUUGUCCCAUUGGUUUAGUCUAGAUUCAAACCCAUAUUCUAAUUCACCUUGGCCUCUGAUUCUAAAAUACAAUGUGUCUCUCACUCAAAUACAAUUUAUCAAGCAUUUCAGUACACAAUCUUGACUACCUCCUAAGUUUGUAUUUUUGAAAAUUGUGAUGAUGUGACAAGCUAAAAUAAUUCCUUUACGCUAAGGUCACAAUUUGGAAAAUAUGCAACUAAAUGAUCUCAAAUCAUUUUUGUAGUUGAAUUAAAACAUUGUAGAGCAUGAGAUUUUGUUUUAGACCACUAUUUUCCUUUAUCUCUUCCAACUUAAUAAAGUUCUUAAUUGUUUUA